CAGAUUGGGUGUGAUUUUAUACAAAAGAAAAACAUUUCGUGAACCAUUAAAAUUUUAAUGUUGUUUUCACGACUGUUAAGUUCGUAGCUAUAUUAAAAUUGGUCUUUUGCUGAAAGUAUUGUGGGUCACCUUAGCCAGAAUUAAUCUGAAGUGAUUAUUCAGGAAUUUUCAUCAACAGAUGUUAGUGUGAAUGGAAUUAGCGCUGCAAUUAUUUUGAUCAGCAUUUAACGAGCUCAAAUAAUUUAUAACCGCUUUGGAGGUGCAUCUAUUUAACCUUAAUAACGAUUGCAUACGUUUAAAAGAAUUCUUGACGCGUCAAUGUUGUGUUAGGAAUAUGGGAAAAGUUGCAAGCAAGUUUAGCAAAAGUUCUUUGCGAAAUUCAUUUCGGAGGUCAAAGCAUAAAUCUAAAAAGGAUGAAAAGUUAGAAUCAAUAUCAGCUCAAACUUCGGAUCUCAAAGAGAAUGGUAAUGCAGAACCAGUCGACCAACCUGUAAAAUCAGAAGCUUCUAUUGCGUCAAAGAAAGAUUCCGUUGCAUCGAAAAAAGACUCCGUCGCGUCGAAGAAAGAUUCCGUCGCGUCGAAAAAAGAUUCUGUUGCUUCCAAAAAGACGUCAGUGGUUGCUCAGGAGACUGACGUGCAAUCUGAAGCUGGCGAAGAUGUUACGAGCGCCGAUGCAACAGUGGAACCAAAUGCGGUAGAGGAGGAUUCAUCUCCAGCAGAGGACGAACCAAAACAGACAGAUGUAGAAGAAACAAGUGAGCCGCAGCCAAGCAUGAGUGAAGAGGAUGCUGCUCUUAAAAUUCAGUCCGUUAUUCGUGGUAACAAAGCGCGCGAGGAAGUAAAUGCUUUAAAAGCUGCAUCAGAAACACAUGUAGCCACUGAACUUGCAGCGGGCGAGGAGACUGAAAAACAAGAUACACAAAAUGAAGAUGCAGUAGAAUCGACUACUGAAGAAACUGCAGUUGAGAGCACUAUUGAAGAGCAAGAAGCUGCAGCAUUAAAAAUACAAGCAAGUUUCCGCGGACACCAAGCGCGUAAGGAAGUCGAUAACAUGAAAGCAGAAUCCAAAACGCAUGUGAGCGAUGCAGAGAACGUAGAUGCAGAUAAACCAGAUGCACAGAACGCAGAUGCAGAUAAACCAGUCGAAGAAAAAAUAGAAGAAACUGAAGCUGAACCAGAAAAUCAAUCAAAUGCUGAAGAAAAAGACAAAUCUGCAGUAGUCGAUGGAGAGGCUGGUGAUUCUCCAGCCACAAAUAGCGGGGAACCGCAAAUGCAAGAAGAGCCCAAAGAGACCGGUCAGGAUGACUCUAACCAAGAAUUUGGUGCUAAAGGUGAAACAAAAUCAGAGGGGAAUGAAACUCAGGCUGAUGCUGAAACAGAUAAGACUCCUGUAGAAACUAGUAACCCGGAAGCUGAGACCACAGAUGAUACUCCUGUCGCUGCAGAUGAAACAAACACUGAGGACCAAGCAGCUGGUGAGGUUGCUGUUGAAGAUGCUAAACCCGAAGAUGAAACGCCCAAAGAUUCCGAACCUACGAAUGCAAAUGACAAUACCGAAGUACCAAACGCUGAAGAUGGUAAUCAAGAUAGUGAUAAAAAUGAUGAAACUAACAAAGACGAAAGUGAUGAUCCCGCAAAGGUUAGUAAGAACCAAGAUGAGGCUGAACCCACCAAAGAUAAUGAAAAACAAAAUGAUGUGGAAGCAACUAGCGUGGAACAAGAUAAUGGUGAGCCAGCCAUGGACAGCGAGAAACAAGAUGAUUCUGAACAAGCCAAAGACAGCGAGACACAAGAUGAUUCUGAACAAGCCAAAGUCGAUAGUGAUCCAGUAAGUAAUGGUGAGGCAGAGGCGAGUAAAGAGGCUAAGAACUCAGACAAUGAUACUAAGGAGACAUCUUAAAAGUUCACCCGCCUUUUGUAAAUAUUAUAAUUUGUAACAUUUUCAUCGCUCA